AUGGCGGUGGCUGAGGCACAGCUGUACGCAAAGGUGUCCAACAAGCCCCGGGGCAGGAGCACCUCUGCCCUCCUCGAGCCUCUCCUGGCCAAAGGAUUCCCGGCUCAUAUCGCGCAAAAAGCCUUGGUUGCUACUGGACAAAAGACAAUAGAAGAUGCAGUAAAAUGGCUGCAUUCCCACUGCAACGACCCCUCCCUGGAUGACCCAAUCCCCCAGGAAUACGCCCUUUACUUGUGCCCCAGGGGCCGCCUGCACAGCCGCCUGCAGGACUUCUGGAGGGACAGCAAGCGCCAGUGCGGGAAGAACAGAGCCCACGAGGUCUUCCCACACGUCACCCUCUGCGACUUCUUCACGUGUGAAGACCAGAAAGUGGAAUUGUUGUAUGACAUCUUAAAGCAAGUUGGUGACAGAUUUUCCCAGAGAUUUCCACCAUCCAUUUCCCUAACACUACAUGCAUCUCCCAGCUACCUUGGCUUCUUCAUUGAUGACAGCCAGGCAAAUGUCCUCAAAGAGUUUGCUGUGGCAUUCUCAUCAGAGGCUUCGGCCCUGGCAGACUGCCACGUGAAGCCCUCCUUGAAGCAGUUCCACCUUACCUUGGCUCACAGGUUUUAUCCUCACCACCAGAAGACUUUGGAACAACUGGCCAAAUGCAUUAACCCAGGGGAGCCCUGCCAGUGGGUGGCUGCUCUCUAUUCACGGGACAUGCGUUUUGUGCAUUACCAGAGGCUGAGGGCCCUCUUCCAGUACAAGCCCCAGAACAUUGACGAGCUGAUGAUCAGCGCUGGGGAUUUGAUCUACGUGGACCCGAGGCAGCAGAGCGACGCGAGCGAGGGCUGGGUGAUCGGCACCUCGCACCGCACCGGCUGCAGGGGCUUCCUCCCAGAGAACUACACCGAGAAGGCCCACGAGUCAGACACCUGGGUCAAGCACAGGGAAUAUAUUUUUGACACAGCUUCAAGAUCCUUCACCAAAACAGAAAAGGAACCCAAUCUGUCUCAGAACACUGCCCUGAGGAGAGGGGUGCUGGUGAUGUGCCACGGGGAAAGACUGGAUCAGGUCUUUGGCAAAUCUUGGCUUCAGCAGUGCCUGACUGCAGAUGGGAAAUACUACAGAGCAGAUCUGAACUUUCCCUCCUCCCUGCCAAGGCAGAAAGACAGCAUGAAGCAGUUUGAAUGUGAUCCUCCUUUAUCUUGCUGUGGUAUUUUCCAGUCAAGGCUUACAGGGGAAGCUCUGCUGGACCAGGAGGUGACAGUCAGCUACGUGUACUCGUCCCCUGCCCUGCGCUGCGUGCAGACAGCUCAGCACAUACUGCAGGGGCUUAAAUUAAAUCAAAAAGUCAGAAUCAGGGUGGAACCAGGACUGUUUGAAUGGACCAAGUGGGAAGCAAGCAGAGCAAUCCCUAACUUCAUGACUGUGGCAGAACUGGUGGAGGCAUCUUACGACAUAGAUACAAGUUACAGGGGUAACUUCCCACUCUCUUCUCUGGUGCCAUCAGAAAGUUAUGAAGAUUAUGUCAACAGAAGCUCUGCGGUUAUAAAACACAUCAUCAGUGCCUGCCCCUGCAAAGGUAGAGUUUCAGGCGUCAUCCUCAUCGUGGGCCACGGCUCCUCCUUGGCACCUCUCACCCGAGCGCUCACAGGGCUCCCCAGCAGAGACAGCAGAGACUUUGCCCAGAUGGUGCAGAAGAUCCCUUCCCUGGGCAUGUGUUUCUGCGAAGAACAGAAAGAGGAGAACAAAUGGCAGAUGGUCAACCCACCAGUGAAGACAUUGACUCACGGAGCAAACGCAGCAUUUAACUGGAGAAAUACUAUCAUGGAAGAUUAA